AUGAAGUUCCUCCUUCCUCGUUGGCCUAGUUUCUGCCCUCCCCCACCCAACCCCCGGAGAACUGGGGCCUCAACUAAAGAGAUAGAAGGAUUCCUUAAAAAAAGAAUUUCAUCUCAUCUAGAUUCCAGCAUUUGUCAGGAGGAAACAGAGACAGAUGACAGGACGAUUUUCAAAUCUAUCUAUCUAUCUAUCUAUCUAUCUAUCUAUCUAUCUAUCUAUCUAUCUAUCUCAGUCUGUUCAUAUCUACCUAUCCAUUCUCCUGACAUCUAUCUAUCUAUCUAUCUAUCUAUCUAUCUAUCUAUCUAUCUAUCUAUCUAUCUAUCUCAGUCUGUUCAUAUCUACCUAUCUAUCUAUCUAUCUAUCUAUCUAUCUAUCUAUCUAUCUAUCUAUCUAUAUUCUGUUCUUAUCUAUCUAUCUAUCUAUCUAUCUAUCUAUCUAUCUAUCUAUCUAUUUGAGUCUAUUUAUAUCUCUCUAUCUAUCUAUAUGUCUAUCUAUUUGAUCUGUUCAUAUCUAUCUAUCUAUUUAUUUGAGUCUAUUUAUAUUUCUCUAUCUAUCUAUAUGUCUAUCUAUUUGAGUCUGUUCAUAUCUAUCUAUCUAUCUAUCUAUCUAUCUAUCUAUCUAUCUAUCUGA